GAAAUUGUGUUCCACAAGCACUCAGUACCACUGUACCCUCACAGUACAAAACCAAUGAUCAGGACAGUGACGCAGGAACGCUAACGUGAACAGGUACAACCUCGAAAUCCAUUUCUGUCAUUUCCAUUUUCUUUAAUCAGCUAAAAAGAGGAAGAGUGUAUGUGAAAUGUUUAUGUCGUGGUUCUUGACUUCUGAAGAAAGAACCGAUGUGAGAUUGCCUGCUUCAUUUGAAGAUGAUUCUCAACACAUUUCAACUGCUCAUCUUCUCUCCACUGAUGAUUGUUGGAGCUCUUGGGAAUCAAUGGAGUGUGAAAUACAGCAAACAUCUCUGUGCUGUAAAAGGAUCUACAGUGGUUAUGGAGGCCACGUACACACAUCCAACAAAUGUUACAGUGAAUAACAGGUUUUGGGUAAAAAAUCCAGUUAAGUAUAAAGAGCCGACUGAUCUGCGUAAUGAAUCAGGUUACUCAGGCAGAGUGGAGUAUUUAGGAGAUGAACAGAAUCACUUCUCCCUCAGACUGAGUGAUGUGAAGAAAUCAGAUGAACACGAGUACUGCAUCAGAGUUAAAGGAAAUAAAAAUUACCUCUAUCAUCCAGGAAUAAUACUCCGUGUCACAGAGUUGCGAGUGGAGGCUCCUGAAACGGUGGUGGAGGGAAAUGUCACGGUUUUAAUGUGCGACACCACCUGCAGUCCCUCGGACACGCCGGCGUUCAUCUGGUACAAAGACGACAUCAAGAUUAUUGGGAAAAACAUCAGCGGUAACACUCUGAUUCUGAAACCUACUAAAGCAGGUGACGCAGGAAGUUAUAGCUGUGCUGUGAGAGGUUAUGAAGAUCUCCGAUCCCCUGCUCAAAACCUCAGUGUGAAAUAUGGCUCUGUAAUUGUGUUUGUGGCUGUUGGACUCGGACUUUUGGCACUUGCAGCUCUUCUCUCUGUACUCUUCUGGCUGAGAUGGAGGAGACAGAAGAAUAAUCCAGAUGAAGGUUACUAUCAGAACGUUGGGCUGAGGGCUAAAGACGAAAUGUAUGCAGCUCUCGACCCUGCAGGCCGGAAACCUGAUGAUGUUUAUUACACACUUGCAGUAGCCGUUACUUAAAACACACAGUUACUUUUGGAAUAUAUUAAUUUACGUACUGUAAAAGGGACCCCAUUAUGGAAUAUACAGUAUGUUUAUAUAUGAAAAGUGUAUGAUGAUGAUGAUGAUGAU